AAUGAAUAUCAAACAAUUCAUAUUGAUUUGACAAAUCGUUCAGUACACAUCAACUGGACACAGUGCAGAGCGGUGGUGUUUUGGUUCCGAAUUCGUUUCAGUUCAGCUUAGUCGUUAGCGGUUAGAGAUGCGCUCGUUCACGGUGUUGAUCCUUUCGGCAGCCGUCAUCGGGAUGGUUGCCGCUCAGCAGCCCCGAUCUGCGGCCGAAGUUGCCACCGACAUCUACAAAUCCUGCUUGGCCGAUGUCAACAUGAAGUGUGUGAAAUCGAAGGCACUCUCGUGGUUGAGCACCGUGUCCGAUCAGGACGAGAUCAAAAUUACCGACACCCUGACCAUCAUUCGAACUGGCGUUGACGAUGAGGAAGCUCCAGAGGUCCAGGACCAACAACGCGGCAACAAAGUUGUCAGCUUGCUAAACAAAAUCGAUAGCUUUCUGGCAACCCAUGCUCUGAAGAUGGGAGUUCCGGAGGUUCUGCAAUCCGAGGAAGCCCGCGCUUACAUCCCAGACUCCCUCAAGCAGGGAGGUCUUGCCGAAGAACUCGUUGUUCCAUUGACCGAAGGAAAUGUCGCUGAAGGCCGUGGCUUUGUUAAGAAAGUCAUGAUCCCCUUCCUGCUGGGCAUCAAGUUCAAAUCGACUGUGCUGGUGCCGUUGGCUCUGGCUCUGAUCGCCCUGAAGACCUGGAAGGCCAUGACCCUGGGUCUGCUGUCGAUGGUCCUGUCCGCUGCGAUGGUCAUCUUCAAGUUCGCCAAGCCAAAGAUCGUCAACUACGAGGUGGUCCACUAUCCACCACCGCACACCCACCACGUGGACCACCACAUCGAUCAUCACCACAUCUCGGCCCCGCACGUGCACUGGGAAGCCCCACCAGCCUGGAGGAAACGAUCGCUCGAUGCCGCCCAGGAGCAAGCCUACGCUGCUCAUCUCUAGGAUGAGGUACUGAGGGCGUCACCCGAAUCCAAAGCUGUAAAUUAUUUAUUUAUGAACGAGAAUCGAACCGGUCGAAUAAAUUAUUUAUUUUUUGUAUGAAUCUGA